GAAGGAAGGUGGAGAUGCAUGGUAAAACAGCGUUUCGCCUCCCUGGAGUUGGGAGCUAUUAAUCCAUAGGCCCUUUUUCCACUGAAAUGUGAGCAUUUCAAGGGUGAGCGCUGCCCUCCCCGGCCCGGCCUUGAGCGCCUCCGGUGAGUGCGCGCGCCUUGUGCGCGCGCUCCUCCGGCUGUGUGUGCUACUGUCGCUGGCAUCACAGAUGUACCCCCAGCUGUCACUCCAUUGCUCCAUCUCUUUGCUCGCGCGUGCUCUCUUUUCCUCUCCCCUUUCUUCCCCUCUCCUCUCUGUCCCUCCCUCUUUCCCUCUCAGUUUGUUAUUGACCCAGCAGCCCUGUCCCCUUGGCAGCAGCGGCGGCAGGCAUUCCUUCUCCCCGUGCGGUGCGCUGCGUGCCAGGUCCCUGCUCCCGCCGGAUUGGGGGCUCAGUGCCCACUGCGCUCUGCUUGGCGGUGCUGCCUGGGUUUCUCCAGGAAUCCCAGGAGCGGCUCAUUGGACAGUUUACAGCUACUUGAUUUCAGGAUCUCGAGGUCAGGGUGAAAGAAGCUGCUGCAGCAUGAAGCCCUGAGCCAGUGAGUCUUACUACAGACUAGCUGGCAGACACCGAGCUUUUCGACUCUCACCUCAGGCCAAGGUGAGGGGAAGCAGGGGCCGCCUGGCAGCAAGAGCACCUGAGGAGGGCCUGCUCCCUGCCUCCUCGGGGCCAUGGACUGACCGGCGGUGCAUACCAAGGGGCUCCUCUGUCCCCAGAGGUACAGAGCUGUGAGAGCUGUGGCAUUCACCAUGCUGGCCCCGGGCAGUGGCCCUGAGCAGAGGACCAGGCUGGCCUUGCAGUGGCGGCAGAUCUCCUGGAUUGCCUGCUGGAUCACCCUGUAUGCUGUGGAGGCCCUCCCUGCCUGUCCUUUCUCCUGUAAGUGUGAUACCAGCAAUCUGGAGGUGGAUUGCAGUGGCCUAGGCCUCACGAUUGUGCCCCCAGACUUGCCUGCUGCCACCCGAACCCUCCUGCUCUUGAACAAUAAGCUGAGUGCCCUGCCAAGCUGGGCAUUCACCAAUCUGUCCAGCUUGCAGCGGUUGGACCUAUCCAACAACUUCCUGGACCAGCUGCCAAGCUCCAUUUUUCGAGACCUGUCGAAUCUGACAGAGCUGCAGCUGCGCAAUAACAGCAUCAGGACCCUGGACAGAGACCUGCUGCAGCACUCGCCCCUGCUCCGCCACCUGGACCUGUCCAUCAAUGGCCUGGCCCAGCUGCCCCCUGGACUUUUUGAUGGGCUCCCUGCUCUCCGCUCCCUAUCGCUACGCUCCAACCGCCUGCAGAACCUGGACCGGCUUACGUUCGAACCCCUAGCAAGCCUGCAGCUGCUGCAGAUUGGGGACAACCCCUGGGAGUGUGACUGUAACCUGCGAGAUUUCAAGCACUGGAUGGAAUGGUUCUCCUAUCGAGGAGGGCGCCUAGACCAGCUUGCCUGCACUCUACCCAAGGAGCUGAGGGGAAAGGACAUGCGCGUGGUCCCCAUGGAGAUGUUCAAUUACUGCUCCCAAUUGGAGGAUGAGAAUAGUUCGGCUGGGCUGGAUAGUCCUGGGCCACCCUGCACCAAGGCCAGCCCGGAACCUGUGAAGCCCAAACCAGGCGCCGAGCCCGAGCCUGAGCCCAGUACAGCCUGCCCCCAGAAGCAGAGGUACCGGCCAGUGAGCGUGCGCCGGGCCAUUGGCACUGUGAUCAUCGCUGGAGUUGUCUGUGGCAUCGUGUGUAUCAUGAUGGUGGUGGCUGCUGCCUAUGGCUGCAUCUAUGCCUCCCUCAUGGCCAAGUACCACCGAGAACUCAAGAAGCGCCAACCCCUUAUGGGAGACCCGGAGGGCGAGCAUGAGGACCAGAAGCAGAUCUCCUCUGUAGCAUGAAAGAGCCCAGCUCCACCUGGCCCAGGUAGGAAGGGCAAGGAGAACUCAUGGAAACUGCUUCAGGAAGGGCCAGCCCUUCUUUCUGUCAUAGUUCCCAACUCCACUUCCCCACAGCCCUCCAGAAAACCAGCCACAGUGUGGACUUCCCAUCACUGGGGAAGCAGCCAUUAUGCUGAAGGCUCCUGCUGAUGCUCCUUUCUGGGCCACCAAAUCUUUGGAACACCUAGGGGAUCUCCCUGAACUUCUGGCCAUAGGGAAGAAAGAAUGCAAGUGGAAGCUUCUGGACUAAGCACUUCCCUUCCUGCCCUGGGUGUAGUCACAGCUAGGUCACUUUCCAUACCUCUUGCUCAGCCCUCCUCAUCUGCAUUUAGGGGCUGGGGAGGAAGUAAUCUGAGAGUCAAUGGUCCAUUUCUGUGACUCUCUUCUCAGCCAGAGAGAUAUUCUUAAUCAUCCAUAGUGUGAAAAUUAGGUCCAAUUUUUAAGAGCUAGUACUCAUGUGCAAUCAUACCAACCCUGACAUCUGGAUCUAGCACAGUGCUGUGAUUAUAACACACUCCUGUGGCUGAAGCCAUUAUCUCCCUAUAUCUGCUAGAAACCACACUGACUGCAGUGCUCCUGGAUUCAGUAAUUCACUCUCACAAACACUCAUAGCAUCACUGGUGAGAUCACAUCAGUUGAAGAGAUCUCACACAUAUGCACACGCACAGUCACAUGGAGACACAGGCUAUGAGAACUCAGGGAGCAGAAGCAUGUUCCCCCCUCGGAUCUCUAGCCCUCAGAACACAGAACUUUUGCUUGCUUUACUGUAAUCUUCUCAAGUCCACGGGGGGAGAAACCCAAACUGACAACACAGGAUGCCUUUGAGAUCCUCUAAAGUGGGCCAAGUGGAUGUGCCUGCCUGUCACCAUGGUAACCCUCUCACCUGUCCUGCCGGGUUUUCCAGGGACACCAGCCCAGAGGCCUUGAAGCUGCAGCGUGUGUGGAUGGCAGCCUCCUGAGAGCCAAGGGAGCCUAAUGCAUCAUCACUGCCAGCCCCAUGGGGAUACCCACCACUUCCACUCCUGUAGCCUGCAGUCCAGGAACCAUUGCUCUGCACCGCUCAACCCUCCCUCUCCAGAACCUCUGGGCCUGUGACCUCGGAUGGGGCCUUGGUCAUGCUCUGUGAAUGACUGGUGGCAUCUUGGGAAAACAGGUAGCUUUUGCUGAAGUUCACUGCCUGCCAACAUCUCCCACACAGACACAGGAGCAGGGCCAGGACUGCUGCGCUCUGCUCAGCGGCUUCAGUGGUGGGGCACCCUUUCCCAUGGUUUGGUUUGCUCAGUCUGUCAUUGCCCCUGGACUGGACUCCAAACCAGAGCAUGAGUCACAGGUCCUGUUUGUUCUUUGUCUGAAACUACACCAAAGGGGGAGGGAUACCUGCUUGCAGGGCGGUGGGAGUAGCAGUGAGAAGAGGGCUGUGUAGGGCCCGGGGGUCACUGUUCUUUUUUCUAGGUCUGCCCUUCCUCAUGAGUCUGAUGCAGGACACUGGUUUUCCCAUGACCCACAGAGGGCAGGAGACAUCGGACUAGGUUCUGGCCCUAAGGCUGGGAGGGAGGUUCUCAAUGGUGGCCCAGGAAGAGGUUGCAGAACACUGAGGCCCAGCGUCUGAGGAAGGACAGCGCAGGACUGGGCAAGACCAGCUCACCUUUGUACCCCUCAGCACUUCUAUCUCAAAGAAGAGCAUAGUGGGGGAGCAGGGUAGGAGGGGGGCAGAAAGGCCUUUGAAAAGACCAUUCUCCACCAAAGGGGGUGCAGAGGGAGCCCCAGCACAGGCUGCUAAAUGCCCUCCCUGGGGUGGGGGCCAUCUUCCUUCUUUUGGUUUGCCAGCUGAAACCAGAUCUGAGGAUUGCCUAAAGGGAAUGGGGGGAAAGUUGGAUGUUGUCAGUGGUGGUAUCUCCAUCUUGAGAUGGAAGAUUUUUAAAGGCAAAAUUAUAUUUCUGGUUUGUUGUUUCAGAAGACCAAUAAAGACUGUAUUUUCCUAUG